AUGUCAUUCAACGCCAGUAGAAGAUCCGUCGUAUACUCUACCCAAGGUGUUGUUGCGUCAACACAGCCCUUAGCAAGUGCAGCCGGAAUAAGAAUUCUCGAACUUGGUGGAAAUUCUGUUGAUGCGAGUAUUGCCGUUGCAUCUGUACUUGCCGUGGUAGAACCUGCAUCUACCGGAGUAGGUGGUGACUGUUUUAUGUUGCAUUACGAUGAGAGUAAGAAAAAGGUUGUAGGGUUGAAUGGUACUGGUAGGUCACCAAAGGCACUAGAUAUUGAUCACAUUCGAAGUUUGGGAAUUGAAGAUGUUAGGAUUCCAUUAACCUCCAUUCAUAGUGUCACUGUACCUGGUACCAUAGCAGGAUGGAUUGAUGCUAUUGAAAAAUAUGGCAGCGGAAGAGUAGGAUUAGAUGCAAUUCUUGCCCCGGCGAUCAAGCUUUGCAAAGAAGGACAUAUAAUUAGUGAAAUCAGUGCUUAUUUGACCGGAAAAUGUUGGGAAGACCUCGAAAGGCUCAACGGCAAUGAUCUAUUAAAAUACUGGGCCCCGAUUGAUGCGCCCCUCGAACCCCCUAACACCGGUAGCCUUGUGCAAAACAGGAAGCUAGCAGAGCUCUUGCAAUUGGUAGCAGACAAUGGGAAAGAUGGAUUUUACAAAGGUGUAGUUGCUGAAUCUAUAAUAGAAGAAAUGAAAACACGCGGUGGUUUAAUGGAUAUGGAUGAUUUGGCUGCUCAUAAGAGUGAUUUCGUUGACCCAAUAUAUUUGGAUUUCCUGGAGCAUAAAAUUUGGGAAAUACCUCCAAACUCUCAAGGGCUCGUAGUUUUACUUGCAUUAGGAAUAAUAAGAGAGCUUGACAACCAGAAAUUGAUUAAUCUGCACUCAAUGCAAAGAAAUUCUGUGGAGUAUUUACACAUGCUCAUUGAAUGCCUCAAGUUAGCCUUUUAUGAUUCAGACGAAUAUGUGUCUGACCCUAAUUGUCAGGAAGCCGACAUCCUACAUCGAUUACUCUCAAAGGACUAUUUAAAGAGUCGUGCAAAGCUAUUCAGCCCCAGUGGUAUCAUUGACUCUUCUGUUAUCAAACAUGGAGUUCCGAACGAAGAUUUCAAUCAGUCGGACACAGUAUAUUUUACCGUAAGUGACCCAUAUGGGAAUGUGACAUCGUUCAUAAACUCUUUGUAUGAUGGUUUUGGUUCUUGUAUUGUGCCACGAACUUUCGGAGGAUUUGCUCUACAGAAUCGUGGGGCCAACUUUAACCUUACACCAGGCACUAAGAACUCAUUAGAGCCUAGUAAAAGACCCUAUCAUACUAUUAUUCCUUCCAUCAUUACCAGUAACGAUGAAUCUACCGUUUAUGGAAUGGGAAAUAUGGGUGGUUUCAUGCAACCUAGCGGCCAUGUACAACAUUUUUUAAAUUUAAUUCUCUUUGGGUUGAAUCCACAGGAGUCACUGGAUAGCCCAAGAUGUUGUCUGUCUCCACAUCCAAAGUAUUCUCAUCUAGACCGAGGCAGAGGAUCAUCCGGACCUGUCAACACUCCUGUGUCUCUCAUUCAGUUAGAGGAAGAUAUACCGGAAGAUGUAUUUGAUGGUUUAGUUAAACUCGGUCAUGAAGUGGAAUAUGUAAGAGGUUUGUCCAGAUCAAUAUUUGGACGUGGUCAGAUUAUCAAAAGAACUAAAAACAACGAGACCAAUACCUGGCUAUACGCAGCUGGAAGUGAUAAAAGAGGUGACGGGGCAGCUGUACCUCUGAUUUAA